AUGCCCGAACUCGGCGAGUCGCUCAGCGACGUGCAGGCCAAGGCAGACGAAUGGCAGUGUGCCCUCGACAAGGUGGACGCGCUCGUCGCCGACCUCAUCUCCGACCAGUCGGCCCUCGCCCACGACAUCGAGCGGCUCGAAGCUGUUCAGCCCGAGCCCACCAGCACCCCCGUCAAAGCUGCCACGCAAGAGCAGGAGCGCCAGAUCCGCGAUCUCGAGCAGGAGCGCGACCAGUACCACGGCAUAAAUCUCGAGCUCGAGCUCAGCGUCCACGACCUGCGCUCGAGGAUUGCCGCUCGCACCGCCGACGUGGAGGCGGCCAAAGCGGCGGCCCCGCAAGCUCAAGUUCGUCCGGGCGGCGCGAGCGGCGCCGGCGAUGCCGCGCGUUGGCUCGAGUCGGUCAUUCUCGUUCUCAUCGACGGCUCGUCGGCGCCGUUCAACGAGCAGCUUGUUCGUCGCGGGUGGGAGGGAGGAAGAGAGGUCGGCGAGAGGGUGAGGUGGGAGGUCGAAAAGGACCUGCGAGAGCACGACAUCGAGCUCGAGGAGGGGCACGACGAUACGGCGGCGGCGAAGCAGCCGAGCGUGCUGUGCCUCUUCUGGCACAACCGCAAGGCGCUUCUCUACAACUUCAAGCAGAGCAAGGUCAGCUCGAACGACGGCGCGUGGGACUCGUUCCUCGCCGGCUUCAACAGCGUCCCGACCAACCACGCCCUCGACCACGGCGAGGCGAGCACGUGUGCCGCCAUGGCGCUCGUCAUCUCGACUCUCGGGCGCUCGAGUGCCGUAAAGCGCAUCUACCUCGCCGGCGUCAACCUCGAGGAGCUGCACGAGACGCUGCCCGACCUGCGUCCGAACAAGGCGACCCUCUUCCACGUCGACCUCGUCCCCAAGCUCGUCCUGGUCGACCACCGCGAGACGGACGACGCGCGCGAGACGCUCCUCACCUCGGGGUGGCGCGUCGCGCGCUUCCUGCGCUACUUCAGCAGCCACCACGGGCUUGGCGGCGACCUCGGGUGGGCCUACAGGCCGUCGACGCCGAUCCUCGGCCCCGGCGACCAGAACCACGACAUUGGCGCCGACGAGAACGGCUUCGAGGACGUUUACGAGCCGCAGAAGUUCCAGGCCCAAGGAGGGUGGACAACGGUGGGCGCGAGGGCGGGCAAGGCGGGAGCGAGGAGGUGAGCGAGCAGGAGGUCUGUGCGGCGCUGUGCAACUCUGUCCCUUGUCUCUCUCUC